CUUUUCUAAAUUUCGGCGAAUAAUAACGUUAGAAGAAUUACAAUUUUCUUCUCUCUUCUUGCUUCUCUUUCCUCUCCAAUUUUGUACAAAAUGUUUUGCUCCUUUUCUUUUCCAUUUCUUUGUUCGCUUUUCAUUUGAUCUUUCUUUUUUCCCCGAUUCGAUUUUGGGAUAUAUAAAAGGACAUCUGCCUGUUAAUUUGAUUUUAUCUGUUUCCUCAAAAGCGUGAGAGGUGUAAACUUUUUCAGUGAGUUGGUGAUAGCUCGAGUAUGAAGUCACCGCUGAGGAAGCUGAAGAAAUUGGGGCUGAAUAAAGGCGCGGCGGACGAAAAUUGGGAUCACCAUAUCUCGGUGCAUACGGAUGGGUUAAGUCAAGCAGCAAAGGAUAUGAAAGACAUGCGAACAUGCUAUGAUGGACUGCUCUCUGCAGCUGCUGCAACAGCAAACAGCGCUUAUGAGUUCUCGGAGUCACUGCUCGAGAUGGGUAAUUGUCUAUUGGAGAAAACUGCAGUGCAUGAUGAUGGAGAAACUGGGGGUACAUUGUCCUUGCUGGGAAGAGUGCAGCUUGAGCUUCAGAAACUUGUUGACAGCUAUAGGUCUCAAAUUAUCAUGACAAUUACUCACCCAUCAGAGUCUCUCUUGAGUGAGCUGCGGAAAGUGGAGGAAAUGAAAUUGCAAUGUGAUGAGAAAAGAGAGAUCUUUGAGCACAUGGUAGGACAGUUUAAAGAGAAAGGGAAGUCGAGACAUGGAAAGGGGGAGACUUUAACCUCAGAGCAACUACAGGCAGUUCGUGAAGACUACGACGAGGCGACAAGGCUAUGUGUUUUCCGAGUAGCAUCAUUGAAGCAAGGGCAAGGCCGGAGUCUACUAACACAGGCAGCCCGUCAUCAUGCAGCACAGUUAAAUUUUUUCCGGAAAGGGUUCCAAUCUCUUGAUGCCAUUGAGCUGCAUAUUAGAGAUGCUGCGGAAAAGCAGCACAUAGACUACGAGCUAUCCGAAUCAAACGAUGGUGAAGAACGUGGUGAUGAGAACAGUUUCGAGGCUAACGAAGAUGGAGAUCUGAGUUUUGAAUAUGACCAGAGCAGAAAGGACUUGGAUAAUACUAGUGGAACGAGGAACUCUAUGGAGUUAGACCUAUCGUCUGGUCCAAGUCAACAGAUUCCACAAGCCAAAAACUCCGACCUCCAAAUAAACGUCGCCAGAAAUCAAGGAGAUCAAACAGUCAGCCGACAACAUAGAACUGGCAGUCAUUCCGCUCCAUUAUACGCCGAGAAAUUCGACCCAACAGAAAGAAUAAGGGAAAUGCAGAAAUUUAGCAGCAACAAACACGUGCUGCCCACCCCAGACAACGCCAAGGGUUCAAUAAGAAAUAGCUCAAGUACCACCACAGCUUCCGGUGGGCCCCACUCCAUGAACCCGUGGCAUUCAUCCCCACUAGACAUCCAGAAGCAAAAGAAAUCCUCUGACGACUACAUACCUGCAGAAAACAGCAACAACAACAACAAGAAGAAGCAUUCUCUCCCCUUACCCCGUCCUCAGCCCGACGGGCCGGGCUCCACCCAGCAGCCCGACAUGCAGCCCGCUUUAUCCGAAGGUCAGAAGGUCAAGAGGCAGGCUUUCUCGGGCCCAAUAGUCAGCAAAGGUUCUUCCAGCAAAGGCCCAAAAAUUAGCGAGCUUCACGAGCUCCCGAGGCCACCCGACUCGCUGGGCCCUGCCAGGGGUGUGUUCCGGGUGGGGUCUCCUCUGCCUCUCCCACAGUUGACUGUUUCUAGAAGCUUCUCCAUUCCAUCGAGCAGCCAGAGAGUGAGAGCUUUUCAUUCGGGAAAGCUGUUGGAAUCUUCUCAGCUCGUGAGAAGGGGGGAUGAAGCUGGUGCUUCUCCUCCAUUGACGCCUAUGUCCCUGUCGAACCUCAAGUGACUUGAGAGAUGUGGUUGUGUAGAUUUGAGAGGUGGAAGCGUGGAACUUUUGGAGCUGCGUCUCUGUGUUGUGAAAAUGAACUGUUCUUGUAUAUUCAUUAUAUAUUAUGGUGUUUAAUGAGCUGUCUUCUUCCUCUUGUCAACUUUUGAAAUUAGUCAACAUCUUAAAAUCUCAGUGGACGCCGGGCUGCAGCUGAAUUGGCGUGCACCAGUCGAGUAAGUGUUUGCCGUGUUUUGGUUUUGAGGGCUGACUACUUUUUUAUGGCUUUUUUUUUUGCUGGAUAAAAGUGUGUAUAUAGGCCCCGUUUACUUUGAUGGG